AUGAGCGCGCGGGCGCUGCUCUCCGCGCCCUGCGCGCCAUCCUGCCGGCCGGACAGCGGCGCAAAUGUCAUCGCGGCGCAUCCCGGGCUCUCCACCCCGCCGCGCUCCAGCCGGCAUUGCAGGGGGCCGCUGAGGGCCCAGGGCGGGCGAGUGCAGGGUGAGGCGCAGAGGCCGGUCACACGUCUGUGCGCGGCGCAGGCAGAGGCCAAGGCCGCCUCCGGCCAAGUUAAAGAAGAGUAUAUAGAGGUGGUGCUGAACAAGCCCCUUGGGCUGCGCUUCACACGAGGUGCCGAUGGAGGUGUCUACGUCACUGUCAGUGAUCCGAAAUUGGGCGAGACUGAUGAACGGAUCGAGGUUGGGGACAAGGUCAUGCAGGUCAGCGCUUCAUUUGGCGAUGAUGUCUGGGAUGCCAAGAACUUUGGACAGGUCAUGUUUGCCAUCAGGACCCGCAAUGGUGGUGUGUUCAUCAAGGUCAAGAGGAUGUUUGGAGAUGUCUCCCAGAUCGAGAACAUCCCCGCAGACAACGGUUGGAAGCGGGAGAGGAACGCCGGCAAUGUGGGCAGUGCUGUGCGUGAACAGCAGCGUAAAAACUACGCGGCGAAGCAGGAGUUGGGCCAGGAGCGCCUGGCACUCUUCAACACCGCACUGGGCAAAUUCGGGAAGAAUGACAUGGAGGGCGCCCUGAUCGACUUUGAGAACGUGGUGGCGAUGGAGCCCAGGAAAUACAUCGGGGACAACUUUGCUCGCUACACAGACAUCUAUCCAGUCGCGCAAUACAAUGUUGCCUGCUGCUACUCGGCGCUGAACCAGAUGGAGGCAGGGCUGGAGGCCUUGGAAUCGGCUCUCAGCUCAGGGUUCGACGACUUUGAUAAAGUGAGGUCUGACAGCAACUUGGCAGCGCUUAGGAAAGAUGAGGGCUUUACCCUACUCGUCAACAAGUAUGAUGAACCCAUCAUCAACGAGAAUGCGGUCAGGGUCUUGAAGAACCUCUUCUCAUUUGGAGGUGCCAAAGACGAGGAUUGA